CUGAAACGUAGUCUGCUCUCAUGAAUAUUCUCUGUAUGGACUGUAGCCUGGUGAGUUGGAAGUUUCCAAGUUCUACCAUAUCGGCAUCUGUUACUAACUAAGCGGAAUCAACGUGUAACGUGUUCGCUCGCUCAAGAGUUGAGCUUGGACGCAGUCCUCCGUCGCAAAGUCGUCAAACAUAAAUUCAGCAGAGGUCGUAGGAAAUUUCAGCAAUAACAACACAUCAUGUCUACCGAUCCCAGUAAAAAACGCAAAGACAAGAAGAAGAAGAAAGCCAUGUUAGAGGCUUUACAACAAGAAGAGUAUCAAGAGGAACGGGCCCAUGUCCAGCAAUUGGAAGAUGUCGAUGAAGAUUUCAUUGUUUAUCCUGCCGAUGACUCAGAUGAUACCGCCCCCCUAUUGGAAGAGAGUGAUGGAAGCGGAGCUUGCGCCAAAAUUGUUUUUCUCGUCCUACUUUCCUCUCUGGGAAUGGCCAUUGGCGUGAUAUUUUUUGAAAUGGGCGGCAUGCAGACGUUGACUGGUCUAAUGGACGUUGAAUCGAUCAUUAAUGCUCCUCCGGUCAAAUAUGAUCCUCCAACUACUCCGGUGGAUGUUGCAAUUGAUGACGAUUUUGAUCAAAUUGAUCCUUCUCCUAUAGAGCCAGAAUCUUUAAAAGACGACAAAAGUGAUGUGAUAGCGGAAGCUGUUGAAGCCGUAAAAGACCUGCCGGUUGAGGUUAUCGAAACUGUCACUGAAACUGUUGUUGUACCGGAGGUUGUCGUUAAGGAAAUUGAGGAAGUAAUAGUCGAAGAGCCGGUUGUAGAGGAGCCGGUAGUAGAGGCAGAAAUUGUUGAACAGCAAACGGUAGAAACAGAAGCUGUCGAGCCAGUAGUUCAGCCAACAGAAUCCGUUCCAGAACCCAUUGAAGAACUGCCUGUUGAAACGGUCGCCGAGGCCGUUGAAGAAGCUAUUGUUGUCAGCGAAAACUUUGAAUCGCAAUUGGAGGACGAACUGGCCGAAGUUCCACAAGAGUCCUUUACUAUGCGAGCGGAAAGGGAAGCAGUCCAAGGAGCGGUCGAUGAAGUUUGGGUCAUGACAGUUAGAUGCAUCGAAGAAUUGAGAGCCCUACAAGUAAUGGCAAAAUCAUCACUAACCCACGCAGUUAUUGAUUCGAUUAGUCAACGCCUGGAACCAUUGAGAAGUCAGUUGGAUGGCCUGGUGAAAAACACGUCCGACAGCGUUUUUGACGGCGCUUUGGAGCAGGCAGCUGAAUUGGAGCGCAAUCUUCGAGCCGUACUUGGAGAACUGGAUGAGGCCCGGAACCAAGACACCAUAUUGGCAGAAGAAGAGGCCGCCCGACAAGAACAACUAGCUGCCGAAGCAGCUGAAAUUGUUAAUGAAGAGCCGGAAGAAGUGAUGGCUGAAGUCCAAGAGGAAGAGAAGGUGGAAAUCAACGAAGAACCAAUUCAGGGAGAAGUAGAAAUUGAAGAACAAGAGGUAGAAUCUCUGCAUGAACCGGUAAAUGAGGCUAUUCCUGAACCCGUAGAAACCUUGACCGAGGUCGUGCAUGAAACAGAAGUUGAAAUUCUUCCGGAGCCGGAAAUUGAGACUACUGCUGAAUCCAUUUUAGAAACCUUGCCCGAAACCCCCUCACACACAAUAGUCGAGUCUAUCCCUGAUUCUGAGGAAAAAGCAGUAGAACUUAUUCCCGAAUCUACAGUAGAUUCGUCAACGGAAUCAGUUGUAGAAACCGAACCUGAAUCACAGGUCGUAGUUAUUGAAGAUGUGAUUGCCACGGAACCCAACACAGUAGUCGAAUCCAUCGCUGAUUCUGAGGAAGAAGUAAUAGAGCUUAUUCCAGAAUCUACAGUGGAUUCGUCAACGGAAUCAGUUGUAGAAACUGAACCUGAAGCACAGGUCGUAGUUACUGAGGAUGUGAUUGCUACGGAACCUGACACAGUAGUCGAAUCCAUCCCUGACUCUGUAGAAAACGUAGUUGAACUCAUACCCGAACCUGCAUUGGAUUCGUCUACGGAAUCAAUUGUGGAAACUGAACCUGAAUCACAGGUCGUAGUUGAAGAUGUCAUUGCCACACAACCCGAUACAGUAGUCGAACCCAUCCCUGACUCUGUAGACAACGUAGUAGAACUCAUACCCGAACCUGCAGCGGAUUCGUUAACGGACUCAGUUGUAGUAACCGAACCUGAAACUCUUCCUGAGCCACAGGUCGUAAGUUUUGAAGAUGUGAUUGCUGCGGAACCCGAACUUGAAGUCGCUGCACCGGAGAUGGUUGAAGAGGAAUCUCAAGCCGAAACAGUUCCAGAAGCAGAGGUUAAAGAAGAAGUGAUUGCUGAAGAGCCUGAAAUUGAAGUCGCGCCAGAGAUUUUCGAAGAGGUAGGUCAAGUGGAAGCCGAUCAACCCAUAGUAGAAGAAGCCACCAAUGUGCCUGAAAUUAUUGAGGACUCUGUUGAAGAGCCAGAAGAAAACGUAGAACAAGAGCUUAUUGAAAAUGUGAUAGAACCCGAGCUUGAAAUAGCAACACCAGAGGUUUUCGAAGAAGAAGCCCAAGCCGAUCAACCAACAGUUGAUGUUGUGUUUAACGAAGUGGCAGAAGAAACUGUGCCUGAAACCGUCGAGUCUGCGGAAGAACAAAUUAUUGAUGCCCCAGCACCAGAAGCUACACCAGAGUCGGAUUACAGGUUCCUGUCGGAAGUAGAGGAAGAACAGGAGGUUGAAGAACCCCUCCAAGUAGCGACUGAAGCAUUUGUCGUUGAGCCAGAAGUAGAACAAGUCGCCGUACCCGUAGCAGAAUCUGUUAAAGAUGCGCCAUCGAGGAUGCAAAAUCUGGAGGAGGCCGAUCGGCUUGUGGACCAGUCGCCAGCCCAGGCAUUAGCUCUGAUGGAACAGAUUUUGGAGAAGGAUCCCCUCAAUGCGCUGGGCCUUUACGGCCGAGCUAGGAGCCUGGACUCACUCGCCGAAGUGGAAAGAUCUAAUGCUCGCUUGGAGCAGUCCGUCUUCGCUUACAGGGCUGUCCUAGAUCUUGAAGACCAAGUUGAUGAUCAGCUUUAUUUGAAAGCUGCUUUGCGCUGCAUCGACCGGAUGCGAUUUAGAGGAUUCCACGGCAAAGCCAUCAGGAUCCAGCAGAGACUCGUAGCCCGCUUCCCUAAUGAUAUCCAAUACCAGAAUCAAUUGGCUGUUGGUUUCCUUCUGACUAACCAACCCGAAGCCGCUCGAACAAUUCUAGAAGGAGUGUUGGAGCGGUGGCCCAAGUCUGGUUUCGCUCAAGUUCAUUUGGGCUUUAUUCUGAAGACAACUUUCGAGGACUACGAUGCCGGAGCUCGAUGGAUGAUGGCAGGAAUCGCAUCUCGUGAAGAGGGAGUCAUUGACGGCCGGUUUUACUCUCACCUGGGUGACGCCCUGACUCGAUUAGGCAAACACCAAGAAGCCCAAAGGGUCUACCUCGAUGGAGAAAAGGAAGGUGUCUUUCUUUCUCAUCAACAACGUUCGCUUUACAAUGUAGAUCGCCUUACCGGCAAGCCCUGGUGGGACAAGGAGUCGACCACUUAUGGGCAUUUCUUUGAUUUGUUGGAAGCUAACUGGCGACAAAUUCGUAAUGAAGGAGUCGCGUUAUUGACGUUGGAAGCUCCUGAGGGUUUCGCAGAUGAGUCGGAAAAAUUACGAGAUUCUGGAGACUGGAAACAAUAUGAACUAUUCGCGCAAGGCAGAAAGAAUGCUGCACACUGCACUAAAGCUCCUGUAACGUGCACGCUGAUUGAAAACUACCCACCUGCCCUUUGCAAACGGGGCCAAGUUAAGUUUAGCAUAAUGCACCCAGGCACUCACGUUUGGCCUCACACUGGUCCAACUAAUUGCCGAAUCCGAGCUCAUUUAGGUCUAGUCGUUCCUGGUGGAGCUCAGCUUAGAGUGGGCAACACUACUGAUACUUGGGAGGAGGGCAAGUUCAUCAUCUUCGAUGACAGUUUCGAACAUGAAGUCUGGCACAAAGGAUCGUCUUAUCGUUUGGUGCUCAUCGUUGACCUGUGGCAUCCCGAACUGACAGCUGAAGAAUGGCGGUCUCUGGCUCCUAUUUGAAACUCCAAAAUUAAUUUGAUGUUCUCAUUCCCCUCACAAAAAAUGUGCCAAUAUCUUGCAGCUUAUCUCCCACCUUUUCACAUCACGUUUCUUCUUGUUUUCUGUGCUUUUUAGUGACAUGUUAUAUUUUUUCAACAAAGUCCGUGUUUUUGUGCAAUGCAAGUGCCUUAUUUAGUUUAAGGACUGAUGACAAUAUAGCAUUUGGAUACAAGUCAAA